AGACAAAGAAUUCUUCUUUAAAAACAAAGAAAAAUGACGGACCCCCACACUGCCCGGACGAUCGUCGGAAUCAUCGGAAACGUGAUUUCUUUCGGCUUGUUCUGCGCUCCAAUACCAACGAUUGUGAAGAUAUGGAAGAUGAAAUCGGUGUCGGAGUUUAAGCCAGAUCCAUACGUAGCUACGGUUUUAAACUGCAUGAUGUGGACAUUUUACGGACUUCCUUUCGUCCAGCCCGACAGUCUCCUCGUCAUCACCAUUAAUGGAACUGGUCUUUUCAUGGAACUCGUUUACGUUACCAUCUUCUUUGUCUUCGCUACCUCCUCUGUCCGCAGAAAGAUCACAAUAGCUAUGGUAAUCGAGGUGAUAUUCAUGGCGGUGGUGAUCUUCUGCACAAUGUAUUUUUUGCAUACAACAAAGCAGAGAUCUAUGCUUAUUGGGAUCUUGUGCAUUGUUUUCAACGUCAUCAUGUAUGCUUCUCCUCUCACCGUCAUGAAACUUGUGAUAAAGACAAAGAGCGUGAAAUACAUGCCCUUCUUCCUGUCAUUAGCCAACUUCAUGAACGGUGUCGUUUGGGUCAUUUAUGCAUGUCUUAAAUUCGACCCCUAUAUUUUGAUUCCAAAUGGUCUUGGAUCGCUAUCAGGAAUAAUCCAGCUUAUAUUAUACAUAACUUACUAUAAAACAACUAAUUGGAACGAUGAAGAUGAAGAUAACGAAAAGCGCCAUUCGAAUGCUGGAAUCGAACUUGGCCAGGCUUGAUAUUCAUCGUCGACGGUGCUUCAUCGAUAGGUUAAGAUAGAAUCAGAAGUGAGUGAAGUUCUUAUUACUACUAUUAUGUGGAAGCUUAUGAAGAAAAAAAUGAAAAAGUGGAACCCCAAAGUUAUGAAGUUUCUUGUGUAGGAAGAAAGGGGUUUUCACUUU